AUGACUAAUUGUAUCGAUAAGGAGGUUGUCGCCUCCGCCUCUUUGGCUUUAUGGAUGGCCUCCUCAGAAGUGGACCAGAAGGCCUUGGGCAAUUUUGCGGCCGCAACGGCCCUCGAAAACCCACUGCUGUCCGCAAUGCUAUAUAAAGUCCUCGGGGCAUCAGUCAUGCUGUCAAAGAAGCUCCUUCGCGCUCGAAGACUACGCCGAUUAGAUACAACCCGUGAAACCAAAUCACUCCAGCUCUACCACCAUAUCAUCUGGUUAUCCCGCGAGGGUCUGUUCAUUUUAGAAGGAUACAUCCUCCCAAUGGUGUCCCCUUACGUCGAAUUAAAGGUGUUGUCAUACAAACUUCGCGCCUCAUUUUACCACAUCGUCGUCCUAUUUCACAACAGACCUGUCAUUCAACCACCAGAUUCCCAACCACCCCCAAACCUAAAGCAUGACUCUAUAUACGGUCCAGACUCCCUGAUAGCCCUCCGCGCUUUUGAAUCACAAAACAAGACGCGGCACCCACCAGGCCUGGAACCACUGCAACCAGUCCAACCCCUCUCCUCUUUCCUCCUCCCACCACUCGACUACACGGCCACCGCAACAGCAUGCUUCACGCACGCCGCACUACUAGCGGAUAAACUCCUCCCAGGCUCACAUCCUCUCCGCUUAUCCGUCAAACUGGAAUACGCCGCAUACCUGUACGACUGUCUGCAAGAUCCAAUUGCCUGUCGUCGGCUCGCCAAACGCGCAAUCGCAGAUGUGUAUAACGCGCAAGAAGGCAUGGACGACGAGAGCUUUGAAGACGCGGCUGAGAUCGUUGGUGUUCUUGGGAAAAUGGUGAAGCGUGGUGGGAAGGCUGGUAGCAGUACGGCUGCUAGUAGUGUUUCCCGUGGAGAUAUGUCGCGGAGCCGGAGUAGUCGCAGCCUUUCACAUUUGGAUGCGAGUAUUCCGACAACUGUUUCUCCUAUUCCGGUUACCAAGACUACACCUAAUCCUUCUACGACUGCUAUGGAACCUGCGGUGCCCAAUGUGACUAUGAUGAAUCCGAUUUGA